GAGCUUUUGAGAGAGUCUCUACUUUACCAUUGUCCUUUACCAUCGUGUAUUUUUCAUCAAUGAUAAAAGUUGAUUAUCUGAUAUGUUUGAUCAUUUAAGGCAAGAUGCGGGGAGUCUUUCAGCAUGUCUUGCUGAUUUUGACCUUGACCUUGGCGGCUUCGAACUUGUCAGCAGAGCCACAGGCCGAGCGCGGGUUCAAGGUCACCCAGUCCACAGACGGGUCAAGUUUGGAGGUCACGUUCGACGGUCUGACCAUCAUGCAUCACGAUAGAGAACAUCCCGCCAUUUCUGUGGGGUCAGGGGUCACGACGUUCAAAGAGACCUACGGAAACUUCUUGAUAACGGACAACGUUGUGGAAAAGGUCGACCUGGUGAACGUGGAAGUUGCGCAGAAAGGAAAGAAUAAACAUGUUUUGACAUUCAGUACAAGAGAAGGAACAUACAAGACGAAAGUGAUGUUCUCCUACGAUGAUAAAAAGGGUCUUGAUCACGUGAUCGCACUAUCACUACCGAAGGGUGCGAACCGAACCUGGGUCCGACUGUACGCGGAAGAAGAGGAGCAUGUCUACGGAGGAGGUGAGCAGUUCUCUCACUUUGACCUGCGGGGUCACAGUUUCCCGAUGUGGGUGCGUGAGCAGGGUGUGGGGCGGCAGAGCUGGGACCUGAUCACGCACGUGGUGGACCAGGUGCACGGGGGAGGCGGGGGCGACUACCACACCACCUACUGGCCGCAGCCCACCGUCGUGUCUUCAAGACGAUACUUCUGCCAUUUCACCACCACCAACUACAUGGUCAUGGACUUCGAUCACCCGGAUCAUCACGAGAUCCAGAUCUGGGGAGAUCCCGGUCGGAUCGUCUUAGACAGCGGCCACGAUUUCUUCGACGUGUCUAAGAAGCUGAGUGGAGUUCUCGGGCGGCAGCCUCCCCUCCCCGAGUGGGUGUACAGCGGUACGAUUCUCGGGGUGCAGGGAGGGACGGACACGGUGCUGGAGCAUCUUCGGCAAGCAGAGAAGAACGGAGUCAAAGUUAGCGCGCUGUGGGUGCAAGACUGGGUGGGGAAACUGCACACGUACAUGGGGAAGCGACUUUACUGGGACUGGGCAUGGGAUAAGUCUUGGUACCCAGGACUUGACAACGUCAUAAAAGAAUACAAGUCGAAAGGUGUGCGGUUUUUAUCGUACAUCAAUCCACAUCUAAUCGUCGAAGGGCCGAUGUUUAAGGAGGCUAAUUUGAAAGGUUAUCUAGUGGCAAACUCAAGCGGACAGAGUUACUUGCAGGACUUUGGUGGCUUCUUCUGUGGAACUGUUGAUCUCACAAACCCAGAUGCUUACCAGUGGUUUAAGGACGUUAUGAAGAGGAACAUGGUGGAUCUGGGGUUUGCCGGGUGGAUGGCAGACUUUGGGGAGUACCUUGCGACUGACAUGGUGUACCAUAGCGGAGAGUCACCCGAGACGGUACACAACCUCUAUCCUGUACUGUGGGCAAGAUUAAACAGGGAAGUGGUUGAAGAAGCGGGAAAACUUGAUGAAAUCACCAUCUGGAUGCGGGCAGGCUACUCUGGGAGCGAGAACUACACCUUGCUGGCCUGGGCAGGAGACCAGACCGUCGACGCUCGUAUCCACGACGGUCUUGCCUCCGUCAUCCCUGCAGCUCUCUCAUUGGCUGUUUCCGGCUUCGGACUGCACCACUAUGAUAUAGGGGGUUAUAUAACUCUGCCCACGAUCUACAGAACGGAGGAAGUGCUGUUAAGGUACGCGGAGGCGGCGGUGUUCACCCCCGUCAUGAGGACACAUGAAGGGAACCGGCCUGACGACAGUUGGCAGGUUUUCAGUUCGGCUGACACUCUACGCCAGUUCGGACGGCUAACCCGGAUGUAUGUCCACCUGGCCGGCUACAUCAAACAGCAGGUUCGGGAGAACAGCAUGCUGGGAGUUCCCGUCCAGAGACCGCUGUUCUAUCACUACCCUGACGACCGCCGUGCCUACUCCGAGCAGUAUCAGUACAUGUUCGGGCCGGACGUGCUAGUGGCGCCUGUAUAUCACGAAGAGGUGGACACCUGGGACGCGUACCUGCCAGGCGAGACGGAGGAGUGGGUACACCUGUGGACAGGUGCGUCCUACACAGGUGGGCAGGUGGUCAGCGUCAGUGCACCUGUAGGCGAACCACCUGUAUUCUACCGCGUCGCGUCAACCUGGGCGGACGUCUUCAGGAAGAUCCUGACAGACUUUCCCAGACUGCGCGACGUUCCACCGGCCACGACACGAUGGGGCCUCCUGUGGCACCUGAGGGUCGCCACCGUGCUCACGGCUGGUGUUGUGGGAGCAUUCCUAGCCUGUUCCUGCGUUCUGUAUCGCAAUAGGAAGAGGAAAACCUCAUGA